AUGAAGGCGUUCAUCGUAUUCUCUAUGGCUCUGGCGAUCGCCAGUGCGGGGGCAGUCGUCGAUUCCAAGAAGGAGAAGCGUGGACUGUAUGAGCUGGGAUCUUCCCAACAGGAGUCGUAUGAGACCUAUGGUUACGAGCAUCAGCAGACCCACGGAUACUACGGCAAUGAAGAGCUGGAGAACCACGGCUUCUAUAGCAACGAUCACGUCCAGAAGGAGGUGAAACAGGUCAUCACGAAGAAGGUCCCGGUCCCAUACCCAGUUGAGGUCAAGAAGCACGUUCCAGUGGAGGUCAAGGUCCCAUAUCCAGUUGAGGUCGAGAAGAAGGUCCCGGUGUACGUCGAGAAGAAGGUCCCAGUGUACGUCGAGAAGAAGGUCCCAGUCCACGUUGACCGUCCAUACCCAGUGGAAGUGAAGGUCCCAGUCGAGUACCCAGUCUACCAGAAGGAAUACGUCGAGGUCCCGAAGCCGUACGCAGUUCAUGUAGAUAAGCCCUACCCGGUGUACGUGAAGGAGCCCGUUUACAUCGAGAAGCCAGUGCCGUUCACUGUUCUUAUCAAGAAGGAGCACAAGAAGCCGUUCUGGGGCUAA